ACUGAAGGGGGGUUUGAUAAAUUUUCUUUCAGAUCAGUAUCCGGGGCAGAUUGCAGAGUGGAGUACUCAUGGAUCAUACACCCUGUGAUUUUGUGAUUGAUCUUGAGAUGUGCAACAACACCAUUGAAGAAGCAGCAACUACUAAUCCUAUUUCCAUUGAUAAAAUAGGCAAGAGAUUUUUCAACAAUUUCUGUGAUGACGAACAACUUAUUAGACCUGAAAAUGGGUUCUGUAUGAUUAGCAAUGUAAAGGAUGACCAUGAGCUCACUCCCGAGAAUGUGAAGGUCAAGGGAUUAGUGGCUGAAAAUGGCGUAGAGAAGAAAAAUGUGAAUGAUAAGCGUAAAUCCGGUAGUGCUAAAAAGCCUCCUAGACCUCCAAGAGGAUUAUCUUUGGAUGCUGCUGAUCAGAAGCUUAUUAAAGAGAUCGCUGAACUCGCAAUGAUCAAACGUGUACGGAUUGAGAGAAUCAAGGCUUUGAAGAAAAUGAAAGCAGCAAAAGCAUCUUCAAAUUCUUCAUCAUCAUCAUCCACGAGCAGUGUCCUUGCCUUUCUCUUCACUGUCCUCUUCUUUCUCGUGCUGUGUUUUCAAGGGAUGUCCUCUGGAAGUUCAGCUGUGAUUUCUCAUGAUUCCCCUCAACCGAGUGGAUCAAGAUCGAAUAGCUUUAUUAUUCAACAAUACUAUGAUCUAUCCGCCAGAACUGCUGCUAAAAGUGCCGGGUCACCCAAUUUAGUUGAGCAGGUUUCUGGAUCAGAUCCUAGGGACAGCCCGAAAAGUGCUGCGACUUGAAGUGUAGUGUGAUUGGGGUGAAUUUUAGAUUAUGCAAAUAUGAAUAGUAACUGCCAACAUGUCUAUGAUUUUGUGCAAGCUCUCU